UUCUCGUUGGCAAUAUCGGAAAGUGGGUGUUGCUUUCGUCACCAGUCCGUCAGCUCGCGACCGUUCGUGCUUACGGUGUCAGGAGUAUCGUGUUACGAAGGGUGGAUACGGGAAAUCAGUACUCUCGGCAGAUCAUCCUCGAGGAGUCAUGCAUUGAUUUUGACUUGAAAGGCUAAUACUACCCUCUGUCAAGAUGAUAGGGGGUCUAUUUGUUUAUAACCAUAAGGGAGAGGUACUUAUCUCUCGAGUAUAUCGGGAUGAUAUUGGCCGAAAUGCGGUGGACGCAUUUCGCGUCAAUGUCAUCCAUGCACGACAACAAGUACGUUCACCUGUAACCAACAUUGCCAGAACAUCAUUUUUCCAUAUAAAACGCGCUAACAUUUGGUUAGCUGCUGUCACCAAACAAAAUGUUAAUGCAGCUAUGGUGUUCGAACUGUUGCUAAAGAUCAUAGAUGUUAUGCAGUCAUAUUUUGGCAAAAUUUCAGAAGAGAACAUCAAGAAUAAUUUUGUGCUCAUCUACGAGCUGCUCGAUGAGAUUCUUGACUUUGGAUAUCCGCAGAACUGUGAUACUGGAGUAUUGAAAACAUUUAUUACUCAACAAGGCGUAAAGUCAGCUACUAAGGAGGAACAGGCUCAAAUAACAUCGCAAGUCACUGGCCAGAUUGGAUGGAGACGAGAGGGUAUCAAAUACAGGCGCAAUGAACUCUUCUUGGAUGUACUUGAAUACGUGAAUCUCUUAAUGAGCCCUCAGGGACAGGUUCUUAGCGCACAUGUUGCUGGAAAGGUCGUGAUGAAGUCCUAUCUGUCCGGUAUGCCGGAAUGCAAGUUCGGAAUUAACGACAAGAUUGUUAUGGAGGCCAAAGGAAUGAAGGGAGGCGGCGGAUUGGGAGGCGGUGGCGAUGAUCCCACUGGCGCUAGAUCCGGCAAGCCAGUUGUCGUUAUCGAUGACUGCCAAUUUCAUCAAUGCGUUAAGCUUAGCAAAUUCGAGACCGAACAUUCCAUUAGUUUUAUACCGCCGGAUGGUGAAUUCGAGUUAAUGAGAUAUCGCACCACGAAAGAUAUAUCAUUGCCCUUUCGCGUGAUACCUUUAGUACGCGAGGUUGGUCGAACAAAGAUGGAAGUCAAAGCAGUGUUGAAAUCAAACUUCAAACCUUCAUUGCUGGGGCAAAAGAUUGAAGUACGCGUGCCGACGCCAUUGAAUACUGCCGGCGUACAAUUGAUAUGCCUGAAGGGUAAGGCGAAAUACAAGGCAUCGGAGAAUGCGAUUGUGUGGAAAAUCAAGCGCAUGGCCGGCAUGAAGGAGACGCAGCUAUCCGCCGAGAUCGAUCUGUUGGAGACUGACACGAAGAAGAAAUGGACGAGACCGCCAAUAUCGAUGAACUUCGAGGUGCCGUUUGCACCAUCUGGUUUUAAAGUGCGCUACUUGAAAGUAUUCGAGUCUAAGUUGAAUUACUCCGAUCAUGAUGUGAUUAAAUGGGUUCGCUACAUAGGACGCAGCGGUUUGUACGAAACGCGGUGUUAAUGAUCCGCGUGAAUACAGAGGCAUAAAUAAUUGUAAAGAAGUAAUCUCAAAUACGACAAUUAUAAGUAUCGGUAUUGGAUAUUUCUCGAUAUUAUUUCAUUAUAGCUCAUAUUUGAAGGAACGAUUUGAAAAAAAAUUCGGAUGACUAAUCUUGGAUCGUGUGUGGACAUAUGGCGAUGUUAUGGAAAACAUAUCGUUUCAAGAGAAAUUCCAUUGUCAGCACAAAAUUUAUAAUUAUAAGGAAUUUUUCUUGUGCGUUAUAUAUUGUAUUAUAAGAGUCAAGUUCCAUUAAAUUGUUCUUAUUUUUGACGAUACUAAUAUAAUGUGUCAGGAGAAAGUAAGUAAAAAUCCAAGUAGAAAAUAGAAGGAUCGUGUCGGAAAAAUGUUAAAUGCAUAAUACAGUAAUCGGUACCAGAGAGAUUA